CUCAGGGAGACAAAGAGGGCAGAGAAGAGAAGCCGGGCUGCAAUGGUCCCUUUUUGGCCCCCUCCUCGGCCUUGAAGGAGGAUGACGGAAGGAAGGGCCAUAAUAACAUUAUCCUACCCCCCCUUCUCCUUUUUCUCAAGGAAGCGAGGGCGGGAGGAGAGGAGGAAGGAAGGAAAUAAAUGGCAAAGUGUUGCCAGUAAGAGGAGGAGAAAGGAGGGAAGAGGAGGAGGGGCGGCCUUGUGUGAAGGCGACCCCUCCCCGCCCUUCAGAGGCGAACUUCUUCCCUCAGCCUUGGGGCUGUGGAAUGACACAGCCUUAUGAGAUAGAAUAUCAAGGCAGAUAAUCCACAAUGUCUGCUUUGAACUGAGGUAUCGACACUGCCAUAUAAUCUAGUUCAAUGUGGAUUUUAUACAGCUGUGUGGAAGGGGUCUCCAGCGCUGCCCUUGCUUCUCCUUCUUCUUCUGCUGCUGCUCCUCCAAGGCGGUGGCUGUGGCGAAUCCUGCAGGAUGGAGACCCGUGUUUUGUGGCCAGCGCGCCUUUUCCUCUCAGUCCUGUGUGUUAAUGGAAUCAUAACAAUCGGAUUGACAGGUGCACAAGAAAGGAGCAUCUGCAAUGAAUCCCUCAUGUUACAAAACUUGCCUGUGUGUGGGAAAUCCUUUGAAGAGAUGAUGCACAAGGUGGACUCCAAAAAAUGGUGCAAUCUAACAGAAUUCAUCCUGUACUACAGUGACUUUACCCAAUGUACAGAGCACAAGGCUUUAACAGCAAGAUGCUUUUGGCCUAACCCCCUUGCUGAGGGCUUCAUCACUGAAAUACAUAGACAGUUCUUUUCAAAAUGUUCUACAGUAAAAGUACACUGGGAAGAUCCACCGGAUAAAAUUCUCAUCACCUUGAUUUUCAUGCCAGUUCUUCUGACAGUUGGCAUGAUCGGCCUCAUAGUAUGGUGCAGCAAGAGAAGUGACAUUCUGGUGUAAUCCUGCCCUUAUCACAAUUUCUUAUAGCAUAUCAUCACCACCACCAACA